AAAAGCGUGUUAAAAAUACAUUGGACUUAGAACAUUUUGAAGUUAGCAACAUCAAACAUUUCGAUUUAGAAGUAAUAGCCAGAAAAAAGCUUCCCAUCCAUCACUCACAGAUAGAUGGAUGAAAAAUACAUUUGAGAUCCUCAAGGCGAGUUAGAAGACCUAAAGCAGUACCACCAACACGACGGUCGGAGGAUCUUCAAGGGUGAGCGGACCACAAUCAAGCACUACCCCUUCAUGGCUUCUAUUCAUGUGAUGGGGAGGUUCUGGUGUGGUGGAGUACUGUACUGGCACGAUCUGGUGCUGACGUCAGCGUCUUGUUUGCAAUUGAUGCACAAUAACCGAUUCUUCAGAGAGAACCCAAAAGCCUUGUAUGUGAGAAUUGGAAGCAACCAUAGCAGGAUAGGAGGAGAAUCUAUACACGCACUAGAAGUCUUCUUCCACCCCGGCUACAACCCUCGCAGCUUGAAGCACAACAUUGCAAUAAUAAGAUUACGACGGCAUCUUUUCUUUGGCUACCACCGAGUGCCCAAGAUCAUCAACCUUUCGCCCAGUUCUGAGGGUCUUGCGCCUACUUCUGAAGUACUGGUUUUGGGAUGGGGUGUUACUAAGAUGUCACAAAGGCUGGCGUACGAGCCUGUUUUUCUGAAUAGGAAGUUCUUGCCCAUCUAUCCGAACGUUUUCUGCAAGGAAAUAUAUGGCGAUAAAUUUAUUUCGUCUACUAUGUUCUGCGCUGGAACGAUGACAACAGGGGAAGGUGCUUGUGAUCAUGACGCCGGCGGGCCAGCAGUGCUAGCAGGCAAGCUGGUUGGUCUCAUCUCCUUCGGGCCCGCGAUCUGUGGGUACCCCAACGCGCCUACUGUGUUCACCCUGGUUGGAGCUUAUAUGGACUGGAUUGAGAGUGUUAAUGAAACUAUGCCAGAUUACUACAAAGGCAAGAAGCGAACAACAACCCCGGAUCCCUUCACUCUGUUCGAAGACCUCAACUACAGUAAGAUGAAGUUCAGCAAGUUCACAGCUGAUGAGACCACGGUACUCCCGACCACCACGACACCGGCAGAGCGUCUGAGGAAACGAGUCGUGGAGGCUGAUGAAGGAUGGAGUCUUGAUAUGGAUUAAAUGAUUUUUUCGUAUAUAGUUUUGUUGUUUUCAAGCCACACGCAAAUAACAAUGAUAUAAGAACUUCCGGCAUCGCUCGCUUUAUCAAACAUAAUAUUAUAUACUUAAACCUUCCUCUUGAAUCACUCUAUCUAUUAAAUAAACUGCAUAAAAAUC